AUGGAACGGGCGGCAAACCAGCACUACCGUUCUGAGGCGCAGAUCCCAAACACGGACCCCCGGCACGGGGAUCCUGACAAAACGUUUCAGGGUCAGAGCAGGCAGGACGCAGAGGAACUCAGGGCGGGCGCGACGAAAAAUGUCGAAGGAGGGUGGGCUCCGCCUUCUGAUCAGAAAGCUUCUCAGGUGUUUCACGUUUCUCUCUUCCACGGGGAAGAGCUGCGGAAGCUAGCAGACGAAGACAAAGAGUCGGAAACAGAAAGUCAGCGAGCCGUGGACAGCGCGGCGGAGACGUCCUCCAGCGCCGGCGUUGGAACUGCCGAAGGGGGCUACAAGAAGUCCGGAGUCAGUCGAGGAACUCUUGUGGGCAACGGCACUCGCAGCACGAAAACGCAAACAGGGGAAAGUGCUCAUGAGCCACAAGGCCCAUCAGGCGUUGAACGCGAGUCGCAGCCUCUGGGGUCCAGCCCUGACGGAUUUUUGUCCCCGUAUAGACAAGCAUCGACUUUCGCGCGCCUCGACUUUCCUCUGCUCUCCCAUCUCUUGCCGUCUUCGGUCUUGUCCGGUGACCCUCACUCGGCUUCUGGGUCCGUCUCUCUUCUUGAUUCGGCUGCUUCGGCCUUCCAACCUAGCGAGGCGCCUCGCGCCUUGCAGCCGUCUCCUAACCCGUCAGACUCCACGUCUCCAGCGUCGCCUUCCGCCUCGGCCCUCGGACAACUCACCGGCGACUCGCAGGAAAGAAAAGACGCGAAGGCUGGCGAGCGCAGCCAUCACAGAAGGCAGAAGCCGAGCAAAGGCGACCUGCAAGGAAGAAGCUUCCACGGGUCCGCCAUCACUCAGGUCCGCUACGUCCUUUGGGGCAAAAGCUGGCGAGGUUCGGACGACACGGCUACACCUAGCAGCUAUCUUGAAGACGAGGAGGGUGCGCCCGUCUCGGAAGAAAGAGAAGAGGGCGAGGGCCAAAUGCGCAAGAACGCCGAGAGCGUGUGCACCAUUGAUGGAGCAGCACUUCAUCACCUCUCCUGCGAGGUGAUUCGACUUCACGACUGCAACGCCGUCAUCGACCCGCAACUACUGGCAGCGUAUCUGCGGGAAUCGCCUUGCGUCGAGGCUGUCGGCUUUGAUCAACAAGCGGCGCCGUGCAUCGUCGAAGAAGAAACAAAACCCUUGCUGUUUCCUUCCCUUCGUCCGCUCCAAGACGACGGCGAGCUCUUCACAGAAAGUCGCUUUCAGAACGCCUUUUCGCCUUCGGAGCUCUCGUCGUCCCCGCCCUUCGAGGGACCGACGUUUGGCGCGUUCGUGCCGCAGGCCGGAGCGCGACGCCGGAAAGAGCCGCUGGAAAGCAAAACCGAAAACGGUUUGAAGAAAGAGGAAGAGAGUCAGCCGGAAGAGUCGGAAGACGGCGAAGAAGAAAGAUACCCGUGGAACGGCAACCGCGGCUCAAAGUCUCCAGACCCCUGGACAAAGAUGAUGAAACGCUUCAAAGGCUUUCCCAACGAUCCUCUCCUCUCCUGGAUCCCCCAGUGGGAACUCUUGAAUGACGUCACAGGCGUGGACGCAGAUCUCGCCUGGAAGAGGACCAAGGGCGGAUCAGGUUCGAUUGAAGAGCAGCCGGCCAACACAAUUGCUGUCGUUGACUUCGGAUUCCAACUGAGCCACGAAGAUCUGUGGCACAAAUGGUGGAGAAACACUCAAGUCGGAGCCAAGACGGGAACCUCGGAGUGGCCUCACAAUUGCGCCGACGGCAUCGACAACGACGAGAACGGCUACGUCGAUGACUGUUUUGGAUUCGAGCUCGAGGCAGCCUUGCGUGCCGUCUCGGUUUCUUUCACGCUUCUUCCUGGCAUCGGCCUCUUUUUGGGCCUUCAGGGGUCUUACUCACAGAUUGCUGAGGCCGUGAACUACGCAGCGGACAAGGGAGUGAAAGUCAUCAAUCUCAGCCUGGGAGGCCCAGCGUCCCCAGUUCUGCGGCGCAUUGUGGAACAAGCUGACAAGCGGAACAUAACUCUUGUCGUCGCAGCGGGGAACCACCGAUGCGACUUGGCACGAACUGAAGAGCACGGCUGUCGAACAGAAGACGGAAACCCGAAAGGGUACCCGGCGGCCUACAGCGACACAUUUCUGAACGUGAUCUCAGUCGGCGCGACAGACAAAAACGGGAAGCUCGCGGCCUUCACCAACUUUGAUUCAUCGCCUUCUCACUCCCGCGUCCAAGUGGUGGCACCAGGACGAGAACUCCCCUCCUGUAGUGACCGGAAAGGCGCCAAUAACGGCACGUCCUUCGCUGCUCCGAUUGUCGCCGCCAUCGUCGGCUUGCUUCAGCUGGAACGGCCCGACCUGCCUCCCCGCGCGGUGCGCGCGCUCCUCGUGAACUCGUGCAAAGUGACGGGCGACUCUUCGCUGCCUUCGCGUUGUCAGUGCGGAGGCCUGGUCAGCGCUGAGAGGGCUUUGAAACUCGCGGGCGUCGCGCGGAAGAAAGCGAAGGACGGCCGGGAGGCGGACGGCGCAGCCAGAAGGCCCGACGCGCCCGGCACAGACAGGGGAGAGGACGAGAAGGCGAGACUCGCCUCAGCCGGCGGGUGA